AUGGAAGCUUCGGUACCAAAGAGAAGCUUAUACACAGAAAUGGAACAAAACGCUCAAGUCGCAGCCAAGAGGCUAUGGAAAAUCGUGCGGAUCGUCUUCUGCGUUUUGAAAAACGGUACGGUCAAAAGCAAGCUCAUGCUUGACUUAAAAAUGCUUAAAAGAGGCAACAAAGCCAUCACAAACCUCCGCCGUCGAUCUAGCUUCACCGGCAGUGCUGACGUCAGCUCCUCCACACGUGUCCGUGACUACGAGUUCAGCGGCAGGAAUAUCCGAACAAUCGACCCUUUUGCCUAUAUGUCCAAACGCAAACGCCGCGUCCACGGCGGUUAUGACAACGACGACGAUGCGGUGGCUGCUGCCGUUAAGAAGGUUUUUGAGUUGUUAGGAGAGAAUGAUACGAAGACUGUAGCGGUGGCAGCGGACGGAGAGUCGCCGUUGACGGACUUUCCGGCGGUGAGACAGCUUAGAGUGACGGAUUCGCCAUUUCCCUUAGACGACGGCGGAGAUCAUGAUCAUAUGGUGGAUAAAGCGGCGGAGGAGUUUAUAAAGAAGUUUUACAAGAACCUCAAGUUACAAAAGCAGAUGGGGAACGCGUUAGAGUCUCCGUACCACGACGGAUGGGUUAGGUGA